UUGCGUCACCCUCCUAGGGACCGAGCGGGCUUAUAAAGAGGAACGCACACACAGGCGCUCAAACGCACUCGAUUUAUUUCUCCUCUGAGACGGAAAACAGAGUCACAGCCAAAAUGAGACUGUUCCUUGCAGUUGCCGUGCUGAUGCUGGCUUUUGUCGCAUACACAGAGGCUCAGGACGACACCGUCCAGGAGAAGUUCGCUAACUUUGGCAAGCAGUUGUCUGAGAUGUCCUUGGGCCUUGCAGAGAAGGCCAAGACCGCCUUUGAGGAAAUUCACCAGAGUCAAUUUGCAACCGAAACCAGGAGCUGGUUCGACCAGCUGAUAGAGAAGGCGAAGUCCACGAUUUCGGAAAUGGCUCAGUAAACGAGUAGAUAGAUUCGUGUCUCCGGACCCAACUCUGAAGGCCGAGCUCUUCACCCUGACCCUCCUGUCGGGACGCUCACAUGUCACAUGACAAACUGCUCUGCUGACCAGACCAAAUGGUUACAUCUUUAAACUAGUUGUUUAUAAUUAUCAUUUCAAUGUGAUCAUUUUGAACAAACAACGUGAAAAAGUGCUACAAAGAUAUAAAAAUAAAAUGUUUUUUUUUUUUUAACAUAACGUCUGUGGUAGCAUCAAUAUUUAUCAAUGUAAAGAAUUUUUUUUAAUGCAAUGGAUUCUGUGGAAAAGUCUGUUAAGAUGUUUGACAUCAAUAAAAGAACAACUCUGCUCUA